AUGUUCCACAUUUUUGAGGGGUUCGAAAAUCCAGAUAAGGCCCGGAGUCAGAGCCGCGAAGGCCGUGGCAAGGCUGGAAAAAGAUCCUCAACGGUUCGCGCGUGUGAACAAUGUCGACGUCGCAAGAUUCGCUGUGAUGGGGAACAGCCCUGCGAAGCGUGUCAAUGGCAUGUCGAAAAGCUAUCUUCGACCGUCGAGGAAUACCGAACCGUUUUCGACAAACUUUUCCCUAGUGUUCCUUUGCAAUCCCUUCUAAACCUGCCGCGCGAGAAACUCUUAGAGCUGGCCUCAAACGCCCAAUCGCAUCCUGAAUCUUCUCCGGUCCCUGCGUCCGCGUCCAAGUACUCACCGUCUGCCGAAAACCAUGUAUCCCCACUCCCACCAGACGACGAAAACCUGGAAUCUCUCCAGACGAUGCCGGACGAUACCACUGAGAGUCAGGGAUCGAGCAGCUCGGACCUCUUGGCUACAGUCUCCGAUGAUGUUAACGCUUUGUCUUUAUCGACAAAACGCCCGUCAACAUACCUAGGAAUUUCUUCCGUGAACGCCGUAAUGCGAGUAAUUACUUGGAUUGAUCCUGAGAGCUCCCAGCAUUUUUCGAGGACCUCCAAUCGACAGCCCCGAUCGAAACAAGAGAAAGUAGCGCCCCGAGACGGUUCUGGGUGGGCUCUACCACUCCAGGCCCCCCAGCGUGGACCAUUUGGAAUUUUUGCACUCGGAAGUAUCGCCGCAUACACGGCUAACGAUACAUCACACGAGGGUUUCUAUUUGAGAGCUAGACACUACUUGAGCUUGGACACUCUAGGAAAUCCGCAUUUGGAAACCAUUCAAACCCUGGCCCUGAUGGGAGGACAUUAUUUACAUUAUAUUAGCCAGCCAAAUUUGGCGCAUUCUUUUAUGGCGGUUGCUUUGCGCAUGGCCAUAAUGCUGGGCCUACACAAGGCAUUCGCGGAUAAUCAUAAUGAUGCCAGCCUAGGUAACCAAAGAAAAUUCUCCAUUGACCUACGAAGAAGAAUCUGGUGGUCUCUUUUUUGCCUGGACACUUGGGGAUACAUGACACUUGGCAGACCGAGUAUGGGACGGAGCGGCCCCGGAAUUACAGUCAAACUCCCCCAAUACAAUGGAACCAGGGAAUUGGCACUGUGUGUUCUAUCUUUAGUGGAAAACACUCGAUUUUGUAAAAUCGCGACGCAGGUUGGGGAUGCCCUCGCAACCUCUCCGAUCGUUGCCUAUUCAGAAUUGGUUGGCCUUGACGAUCAGCUGGUUGAAUGGUUUGACAAACUUCCUCCAGUGCUAAAAGAUCACGAGCCUUGCCCAGAUCCCGUCUUGACAACACGUACUGUGAUGCGAUGGCGGUAUCAGAGUCAACGAAUCCUUCUUCAUCGGCCUGUGCUACUGAGUUAUGCAAUGCGUCGUGUCCCUUAUGUGGCCCUUAGAACGGAAGAGCGCUACGCUAUUGAAAAGUGUAGAAUGGUCGCUGACGAAACAAUCCGCGAUGUCGCUUCCACCACUCGACUGAAUCAAAUGACGGGAUGGAACGCCGUCUGGCUUCUUUUCCAGGCCACACUGAUUCCGCUGCUUGGACUUUUCAUCGCUGACAGCACUGCCACUCAUCCAUAUGCCACGUUAGAUAGCUGCAGGAAUCAAGUUGAGACCGCCAUGUGUGCGUUGGAACGUCUGGAAUCUUGGAGCCCGACAGCCAAAAGGACUUUGGAGGUGGUUUCAAAAAUUUUGGAAGCUAGCCAACGGCCACGCACUACCGUCACUAGCAGUUUCAUAUCUGGAAGCCAAGCUAGCUCCGCCGCUGUAUCAUUGAACACACCAAACAGCAGUCCUCCCGUCCACAACAUGAAUCAAGUACCGGUACUUGGUGGCACAGGCUUCCAGGGCUACCAAGCUAUCGCUCCGUAUAUGGGGAACACACCACAACAAAUGCUGGAUUUUAUCAGCUGGGGAGACAAUACGAGUAUUUGGCCCAGCGCGCAGGAAGAUUUCUACCCUCCGCCAGCGACUACCGUGGAAUUGCUCGGCCAUAGCGAGCAUUAUCUUAAAUCACUUGGUCAUAGCGCCACUGUCACAGGUGCAAGGGAAGCGAUGUACGACGCUGGAUUGCCACCCACCCAAAAUGUCGUUCGGUUCUCAUAG